ACUCAUCGAGUCUGAACUGUUGAAUAAUCUCGACUGAUCUGGCCUCAGCAGAUAUGCGACAGGCUGCAUCUAAACCGUUCUAAACGAAUGCUGAAUACAUUCAUCAUACAACCGAGCAGUUUGACCCCGCAGCUUCCGGACGUUAACUGAAGAAUCACUGUUUCAUCAGCGCUAACGGUCGGAGCGGUGGUCGGUGGUCGGUGGUCGGUGUCCAGCAUCAGGACAUGGCGGGAGAAGCUGUGGUCACUGUUCGUCUUGUCAGGUCAUUCGAGCACAGAAACUUCAAACCGGUGGUGUUUCACGGAAUCAGUCUAGACCAGACGGUGCAGGACUUCAUCCAAUUCGUCAGAGACGAUAUUACAACGAGACCAGGGCUCCCCCCUCCCUUCAGGAAAUAUGCUUAUGACACAAUGAAAAUUAUCCACCAAGCACAUGGAGCUAAGACUAAUGAGCUGGUGAUGAGUUUAGAUGAUGAUGAAAAGCUCAUUCUGCAAGACGGCCAAACCCUCAGGACUGCAGGUGUUGCCAGUGAAACAGAAGUGGCCUUCUUCAGGAAAGAAGACUAUGGUCUCUAUAAAGCAAAUCCCAAAAGUGCCUGGUGACCAGUAUUUUACUUUAUAGCAUAGGAGAUUCUUAAAGGCCAAAAGACAAGGAUUCCAGGGCCCACAGGAGAACAAAAAUGGUGCCAUCAUGUUUCUACUGUUGAGUUUUAAUUUGUGCAGAUGUUUUUAAAAUUGACGCUUAUCAUACAUGGGUAUGCCUUUUUGUUUCUUUUUUCUAUUUCCUUUUUCUUUUUUGACCAUGAAUGUUAAUUUUCAGUGUUGUUUUAAAAUAUACUCAAUAAAGUUUUCUGAUAGCUGCAUUUUUUUAAUGUUUUUUGUGUAUUAACAGAGUAAUAUUUACUGCACUAAACUCUUGGUAACUUGGUAACUAACUGGUAACUUUGGUAAUGUGCUGCAGUUAUGGUUAUGAGGAAAAAAAAAAGUGAAUACAAAACACUGUGUUAAUGUGUGUUUUGAAGUUUCUUUAUUAGACAAAAUAAUUUUUUUUUAUCAAACCUGUAAAUGUCCUUGAUCUUGAACUUAAAGGAUUAGUGAGUUUUAAAACAAACUGAUAUAUAGUAUAUCUAACCACUUAUAUAUAUAUA